UAGAUUAAACUUUGAAAAAUAUCAAUAUUUCGAUUUGCAUUCUGAAAGUUUAUAAAUGCCAUUUGAAACUGAGCCUUGAAUUUAAGUGAAAUAAGCAAAAUUUGUUAACAAAGCUGGCGGUUAAUCAUCAAUUUUUCUCUGUGGCUGAGAUCAUCGAUCAUUGAUUCAUUGAUUCAUUCAUCAUCUUCAAUUUCAUCAUCAUGAGGAUGUUGCCUGUUUGCUCAGCAACCCCGAGCUACUCCUCUUCUUCCCAGAUUCCCUUGUUUGGGGGAUUGCAACCCUUGUACCCGAUUCGAAAAGAUCUUGAGAGCAGAUGUGUAGGAGAAGAAGUUGUGCAUCUGGGUUUUCAGUAUGGAACUCACACUCACUCGUUGAAGAACUCAUUUGCUGUGCAAUCUACAAAGAUUGUCUCAGGUAGUUUUAUUUCUCCAAGUGAACCAGGGUACCUUACAAAUACGUGGGGUUAUUCAUCGGUGACAACGGAUGGACAUCAUUCACUUAGUAAUGGAGAGUUCAGACACAUAGAGAGUUAUAAUUUGUCAACCGUGGCAGAGGAUGUUGUGGACUUUGCAGAACAGUCAACUGAAGGAUCUAGCACAUUAGCAGUGCCGGUGCAACCUGAAACACUAUCAAGUACUGAUGUAAUACAAGAGAAUUUUACUUCUACAUCUGUGCCUGAUUCAUAUAAUGUGGACAACGAAUCAGUAGCCAGUGCAAAAGCUAGUGUCGGUGACCUUGUCGCUGGAAUCAACGACUCAAUCAAUGGCUCAGUUAAUAAGGGAGAAGCUGCCUUACGGAACUCGCUGGAUACAGUUACUUCUUUUAUAGAUUCUAUUGUUAAAAAUGCUACUACAUCUGCAGAUAAUGCUAUUAGUAAGGCAUUUUCUUCUGUAGAUAAAACAGGGGAAUUAACAAAGAAUAAAAUUACUGGCAUUUCAAGCGAGCUAAGUGGAAUCACUAGUAAGGUACCUGUUGUGGUUGUUGAUGUGUUGCGCCGCACAAUUGUAGCUGUAGAGAGUUCUUUAGUAAGCGGAGCAUCGUACGCUGUCUAUCUUUACGGGUCAGCCAAGGAGCUCCUUCCUCCAGGGAUUAGGGAUACAGUCAAUGUAUAUGAAGACAAAGCAGCAAAACUCUUGAGGCCUAUUGGGCCAGCAUCUCAACAGAUAUACAUGGCUAUAUAUUCACUGGAGAAGAAUCUUGGGUUGGAUCCAAAUGACCCAAUUGUUCCAUUUGUUGUUUUUGUGGGCUCUUCAGCAACAAUAUGGGCCUUUUAUUGGUUGUGGACAUAUGGGGGUUACUCUGGAGAUUUAUCCCCUAAAUUGGCAAUGGAGCUUUUGGCUGGGGACAAAGAUGCCACACUGAUAGAUGUCCGCAAUGAGGAUUUGCUAGAAAAAGAUGGUAUUCCUGAUAUUCGACGGUCUGCUCGGUUUAGAUAUGCAAAUGUGACUCCACUUGAGGUCAAUGACACUUUACGGAAGUUGCUGAAAAGUGGUAGAGACAUUGAUGACUCCUUGAUCGCUGCUAUUAUUCGAAAUUUGAAGAUUGUUAAGGACAGUUCCAAGGUUAUCGUUAUGGAUGCUGAUGGUACUCGUUCUAAAGGCAUCGCACGUUCCUUGAGGAAACUUGGGGUCAAGAAUUCAUACAUGGUUCAAGGUGGCUUUCGGUCUUGGAUGAAAGAAGGUCUCCGAAUCAAGGAGCUUAAACCUGAGACAGCACUUACCAUACUUAAUGAGGAAGCUGAAGCAAUUCUAGAGGAUGUUAGUCCUUCUCCUCUUCAACUUUUAGGUUAUGGCUUGGCUCUUAUUGCGGGGUUUUAUGGAAUAUUAGAGUGGGAGAAGACAUUGCAGUUGAUUGGAGCAGUUGGCCUUGGUUUGACGGUCUAUCUGCGCGUUUCUUCAUAUGAGAGCUCAGAAGAUUUGAAGCAAGAUGUGAGGUUAUUGCUUGCUCCUGUUAGAGUCGGAGCUCAAGCGGUCUCAUGGGCUGCCGGAAAAUUAGAUUCCAAUCGCAUAGGGCUUCCUACAUCACCUUCAUCAUUAGAUGUUCAGAACCGAGUACUACAAGCUGCUGCCAAGCACGAAUCUCAACCAUCCGAUAGUGAAGGGAACAACCAAGAUCAAUCUCCUGAACAGACAGUUUCUUUCAAUCAGAAUCUAUGACAUUUGUUCAGAUUCACCGUGUGCUAACAUGAAAACCAGAACUGAAGACUAGUAUGCUCAAAGGAACUUAACUUCCAUGACUGAAAAGUUUGCAAGUUGACAAUUCUCCAAAGUUUUCCAACACGUUAAAGUGUGUGAUUUUGUUCACUAUGCUCUGCACAAAUUUGGAUCUUCAUAUGCAAGUAGGAACUUGUAAGAAGACAGAAAAAUGAUUCACUAAUGUAUCAUAUUAAUUUGUAUAAUGCCACAAAUUGCACGCAUGCCUGAGUGAUUAGCACAAUUUCUGCAUCAAAAUAAUAAGAAUGUAACUAUUAUUAAAUAAAUAAUUUUAUUUGCUGCUGCAAUUUGUGGUGGUGCAAGUUAUAAAGUAUAGGAAAGUUUUCACAUGUAUCAUACCACUUUAUUGGACAUGUUAUUCCGUUA